AUGCUUGUGCAAUUAGCUAUUAUUAAAUUUUAAAUAAAAGAAAAAGAAAUUCUUUUUGAAUAAGUGAUUGAAUAUUAAGAAAAGGAUUUUGAUCAAAUUAGAACUAUUAAAUUAGCUUCACCAUCUCAUAAAAAUAUUGAUGAAACAGGUGAAGAUGAAAUCUUAGGAUAAUAUACAAUAGUUACUCUUAUAGUAACUGAUUCUGAAACAUUUAUACCUAUUGUUGGAGCUACUGUAACAAUGUAUUAAGAUAUUAAUAAAUGUUAAGAAUUAAAUCAUAAUGUUUAUUAUCCCAUAAGAAUAGUAUAGACUAAUUCUACAGGAAUGAUUAGCAUAUAUAAUUUUUAAAUGAAAGAUAAAAUAUACUUCUUUAAGUUUAAAUGGUUAAUUGUACUUUUAAUAAAUAUAUAAAUAGUCUGAUCACUUUAAGCCAUUCAAAUAAAAUUUAUACGCAUUCCACUUGUGAAAUCUAUUAAUGGUCAAUAGGAAAUUGAAGAUUAUAAUUUGGCAUUAAAAUCGAAAACUAAAUCUAGAAUUAGCUUCCAAUGUUCUCAUAUUGAUUUCUUCUUUUCAAAUUGUUCUUUUAUGAAAUUUAGUUCUCAUCCAAAAAGUCAAAAAUAAAAUUUCAAGAGUCAUUACUAUAUAAAAGAUAGUAACAUUUAUUACAUCUUCUUUGCUUGUCAUAUUCCAAUUAAUUCUGAUAUCAUUGAAGUUGUUAAUAAAAAUGGAUUAUCAUUAGUAGCUAAAUUAUAGGCAGAAUUAUAAAAAGAAAUUGCUGAAUUUUAAAAUUCAUAACCUAAAAUUUCGAUUUAUACUAAAAACUAUCCUUAUCCAUAAAUUUAUGAAAUGCCUCAUACAUUAUAAUCUGAAAUUGAUACUACUUCUGAUUUAUUAAUUUGGUUAUCCUUUUGUACAAAUGGUAAAAUAAGACCUGAAUGUAGUACACCUAUUAAUCAUUUCUGGGAAAAGAAAGAUAAAUCUAAGUUAGACAUACUGUCUAAACUAAUACUAUAUCAGAUUCUUCCAUUUGUGA